CAGUAGUUGGCACUGACACUUGUGCAGGAGGUUGGAUUGCUCUGAUAUUGUGCACAAGUUUAGAUAAUCUUUUAGGAGGAAAACGUUCGCCUGAUGCUUUGCGGUUUUCCGUUCUUUUCCUUUUUUUUUGUUUCAAGGAGAGGCUAUGGUGUGACCCAAUAACAGACAAGAAAAUUAUGGAUUGCCUUUGUGGUGGAGUGGUUGUUACAAUUUAUGAUAAAUGUAGCCUUUUGGCUGUGUGCCAGCUGUCAUUUGUGUUUGAACAAUGAGGAUCUUUGAUUUUGCAUCUGUGUCGCAUUUUCAUGCACCAUAAACUGUUGCCGGAGUUCCCUGCGCCAGGAUGGGCGAUGUGGUUUUAUCAGACAGCCUCGGACCACAAUCAGGAGCACAGGAUCUAUGAGAAGAUACUUUUGGACUUUGGAUUUUUGCUUUUUGUGAAGAUAUAUACAGCUUUCUACGAGGGCAGUGACAAAAAAAAACCUGUAGACAGCGGCAUCAUCAGUGGUAAAAGUUGGACUGAAAGUGCACAUUCAGUGAGGAAACUGAUGCGCGUAAGAAGGGAUGCCAGCCAGGCGUGGCUUGUGUUUGAAUAUCCAAUGUGAGAAUACGUGGGGAGUAUGUAUAUAAUAGAGUCUUUCCAUCUGAUAAACAGAGAUAUCAAACUGAUGAUUAUAGCAAAGGACGAUCAAUAACCUGAAAGGACGCUGCUGAUUUUGGAGGAGCACGGCGCGCUGGGUACGCUUUGGACUUGUGUAAACUUUUCUCCCUCUUUGAGUCACCGAACAUUUUAAAUGCCUUCGCUUAAUUUGACAGCUGUGCACACAAUGGCAGAGGUCGGGAGUUUUCUGGGGACACUCGACUUGGAUUUACAAAGCUUUCCUGCACUCGGGAAUAUGCCCUUACCGGAGUCUCCAGUGGGCUUGAAUGAGCGCCUUGGGCAGAUUGAAGGGAGGCUGCAGCGGGGGUCGCCGACGGAAUUCGGGCACCUCAAAGGGAUCCUGAGGCGGCGGCAGCUCUACUGCAGGACCGGCUUUCAGCUGGAGAUCAUCCCCAAUGGGACAGUGCACGGGACAAGACAGGAUCACAGCAGAUUUGGUAUCCUGGAGUUCAUCAGUCUGGCAGUGGGUCUGGUCAGCAUCAGAGGGGUGGACGCUGGACUCUACCUCGGCAUGAAUGAGAAAGGAGAGCUCUAUGGGUCGAAGAAGCUGACAGCAGAAUGUGUGUUCAGGGAGCAGUUUGAGGAGAACUGGUACAACACCUAUGCUUCAACUCUGUACAAGCACACAGACACGGGACGCUUCUACUACGUUGCCUUAAACAAAGACGGCUCGCCCAGGGAGGGCAACAGGACUAAAAAACACCAGAAACUCACCCACUUCUUACCCAGGCCGGUGGAGAUUGAAAAGAUCCCUCAGGCGUACAGGGACUUAUUCCAGUACAGGUGACCAGUGCUUACACUUGGAGAACUGGUUACAUUCGGAGGAAUAGACAUAAAACAAGAGAGAGGGGGGUGUUGUGGAUAUUUUGGACCUGGUACAGAACUGUUUACCCUCAGCUCCCCCUGAAGUCACUGUGUUUGUGCCUUGGCCCACUGCCAAGCACUGACAUAAACAUUGUGCAUGUUCCUGGAUGUCGGCGGGAAAGUCCUCUUGUAAAACCACUGCACGGACAUGGACGGAGAAGGCAUGACUGCCCAGCUGUGGGGAGAUCUAAUCAGGUGCUAUGUUUUCUCAAUAACCACUUUUUAGAGAUAAAUGCAUAGAUACUGAAAUGAAUGGCUAAGAGAACACCAGACAGCUCAAAAUGCCGGGAAGCACUGCAGAUGUCACAUUGUGCAUUUGUCAUGCACUAUAUGCAGUUAAACGUGAGAAAGGGAACAUUCCACAUACACGGCGAUCGGAGAAGAAGAAACUAUGUGUUUAAAGGCGAACUGAAGUUUUAUUAAGUCGUCUUCAAAAUCAAAGAUGAAAGAGGGGAAUACAAUCUCUAAGAUGAAUGUGUGAUAGAUGAAAGAGCACUUACUGCACAUCCUCAGGAUCACUUACUCUCCCAUCUAAUCAUUUGAUUCUAAUGAUCUCAUUCAUCACAUUUAAAUAAAAUAUCAAGCGGCGUCUUGUAGGAAUUGUAUGCUAAACAAGUGAUUAAGCUCGGGACAAAAGCACUUCUCUGACUGUGGUUGUAAAGAAUUGUGAUGGGCUUUUUUUUAAAGGAUGGUGACUUGUAAUGUUCAAAGUGUCAGGAACAUUACUAAAAAUGCAAGCAGCUGAGGUGUACAUAUGGGUGAUCCUAUUUAUGAGAUGUACAAUAUAUUUAUUUUCUACAUAUAAAGUAUAAAUAUAAAUAUAUAUUUAUUUAUUGCAAAGACUUUAUUUUGUAAGGAACUUGAAGUUAUCUGGACUAUAGAUUCUACUGAAAUUACACACACUCAAAACAACUGCAAUGAACAUGACAAUAAAAUUGUCCUGCUAUCGAGAACUCAUUGUGAGAGACUAUUUUUGCUUUGAUAAAAGUCUGAUGUACCAAUUAAAACCAAAUGUAGAAUCUAUGUGAACGUU